CACACACACACACACACACCUGGCCAGAACUCGCCUGUCCACAUCCCGCCAGCCUCUCCUUCCUCACACACUUCCUGUGUCUCUGUAUGCCUGGGCGGUCAGUUGGGAGGCUGUGUGUGUGUGUGUGUGUGUGUGUGUGUGUGUGUCAUUUCCUUCUCUGCUCUGUGAUUCAUAGUUGACUGAUAGCUCUUUCUUUGACAGCCACUAGCCACAGAGAGGCUGAGACAGGUGUAUUAUUUCACAAGGAGAGGGACAUUACAUAAGACGGGUGGAGGGCAUCAUUUUUCACGAAUUGUAUGAAUUUCUCACAUUAUGCUUGAAACAAACUAUACAUCAGACUUGUUUGCUGAUACCACAAGCUCUUUAAAGCAUACGGACACCUUUAUUGCUGGUGGGAACUGAUGGGGAGGGGGCAAGAGAAAUACAGUCAUUAUUGAAGGUUUUAAGUGAUGCCUAGGCCCAUGAAUAUAACAUAUUAAAAGUAUAGCAUUAUAUGCUGAGUGGAUUGAGGUCAAUUCAGGAGGUGAAAUUUGGGGCCUUCAUGUCCUGUCCCAGCGUCACACAACAAAGUGCAUAUCUUUGCUUCUGAACAUGCUAUUUUACGAUGAUAUAAUUUGGAUAAGUGCACUUUGGAAGGACCCUUACCUAGAAUGACUUUUUUUUAUCCAAACAAAGUCCAUUGAAACCAUUGACUGCACCUAAAAGUUUGUCUUUGUAACAUGUUUUCCAUGAAAACCAUGAUGCAUGUCAGCACACACAUUGAAACCUUGAGGCCCUCAGACUUCUGUACAUAUGGAACAGUGUUAAUAUGUCCAACAUCCGCUAGGUCCUUUGCGGUCACCUUGAUUUGUGGAACGAGUGAAGCUUGUUCGAUAUUAAGGUUGAUGCAGGCAAUAACUUCUAUGUAGCAACUCUUUGCUCCAUCUGUUCCUCUGAAUAUGAACAGCCAAACCCAAGGUGAUUCAGACUGUCAUGUUCAUGCAGUGGCGAUGCAUUUGUACACCAACCACAAGCUGAAGUGGUGGGAGUAGAGCUCUCGUUCGGUUAGCCUGACCGAGGGAACACACUUUUAGUUCCUUUUAUUUCCCAAGUUCAACAUCACUCAGACUUUGAAUAUAACAUUUUAGCAUUAAAGUUAAUGCUGACACCUGCCUCCCCAGUUUGUAUCAGCACGUCACCACGGCACUGCAAAGGCUGGGGUCCAAUCUUUUAAAACUAACACAGACGAUGUCUCUAAUCAGCACAAGUGCUUUUAUUGUGUAUUAUGAAUAUUAUUUUUGAAAUUUAAGGGUUGUGUUGUCUGUGAUAUAUUGGAACAAUUUAUAUCAAGUUUAAAGUCUUGUUUAUUUAAAUGCCAAUACACCCACAGGAGCAAACAAACAGUAGGUGGAAGAUUUGGCCCAAAAUUGGGUGUUGGUUAAAGUAGAACCCCAAAUACAGGUACACCACAUGAUCAUCUGGAAAGCCUUUAAUCUGAAUGAACAACAACUCAAGACAUAUGCUGGAAAGGUGUACAUACACCCUCCAAUAUUAACACCAUUUGUUCCAGACUGCAUCUAUCUAAGCAGUCUGGGACUGUAUCUCUGAAAUAUCAAAACUUUUCUUUUGACCUGGAAAAAAGUAUACUUUUAACUGUAAGAGUCCCGCAUAGACCCAGUUUUGUAUUUAUCAUAAAGUGGUAUGUCUUUCACCUUUCUUGAGGUGAGAGGUCAAGGCACCCCAAGGGAAAAACUGGCAUGGCAAUUUUUCCCUUGCCAAAAUGUAACCUAACUUUGAAGCGUUAUUGAGCCCCCGACAUGGCAUGGUGGGUAGAUUCAUUAUGUCAUCUAGUUUCAUAUAUUACCUCUAGGGUAUCAAUAAAGCCGAUGAAACAUUACCUUCUCCUGGGUUGGGCUCGUUGUUAGUUCGACUGACUGGACUCUAAAGUGCAUUUCCUUUGAUGUUUUCAAGGGAACGUAUUUUCUCCCGGAUCACGGUCACAGUCUUGGUCAUGUGAUUAAUGUUGUGUUGUUUUGUUGAAACAAAGAAAAAACACAACAAAAUCACUUGGUUAUGUUUAGGCCACAAACAUACUUAGUCAGGUUUAGUCAAAGAUUGUGGUUUGGCUGAAAUUCGUUUUUUACGUAAGUUAAGUUAUGUAACCUUAAAAUAACUCAACCAGCACACAAACCCUAAAAAGCUCUACUGGCUGAAAGUCUUGUGUUUGUUAAAAAUAAUCAAAAUGUCAUAUGUAAAAAAAGAACUGAAACUUAAACAUGCUUCCCUUAAACGCCACUGUGGGAACGGCUGGGCUCACAGCCAGUUCAUCUCAGAGGGGUUGGAUGAAAACAGGAAAGUGGACCGAUUGCUGUCGUAUAGAAUAUCAUUAUAUGCUGCAGCAUUAACAUGUCUCUACCUUGGAGAUAAAGAUACUUUUUAUCAUAUAGUUGCAUAGUGCAAAUAACUAAAUUGAGCACACAGGGUGACAAAUAGAAUAAAUGAAGGCGGGGGAAGGAUUGUGAGAGAGGAACAACCAGAGCGUGGUGAAAACAGUUUUGGGGAAUGCUACUUUCAUUCACAGUGGCGCCUCCUCCUCCUCCUCCUUCUGCUCAUUCCCCCACUACACACACAUACACACACACACACAGCCAUCCAUAAUUGAUGCUAGCUGUAGGCAGUCACUAGCAGGCUGGACUUUACAGCGCAGCUGGAUGUGCACGGAGGAAGGCAAAGGCAAGAUGGUAGAGCAGGGUAACCAGGACACACCAGCACCCCCAGACCCAUCCAUGGCCCAGGCUUACCCAUCAGCCCAGUUUGCCCCCCCUUCCCAGAACAGCAUUCCAGCUGAGUUCACAGCUUCACACCCUCAUCCACAUCCACACCCACACCCACAUCCCCACCAGCACCCAGCAGCACCACAGGACUACACCGGUGUCCAGGCCUCCGUCAGUGAGCAUCCACUCAACAUGUACCAGUCCUCACAGAGCCACAGUGAGCAGAUCGGGUCAGAGUCCGACAGUCAGACGGUCACCGGCACAGCCACACAGACAGAUGAUGCCGCCCAGACGGACAGUCAGUCACCAACACAGACGGUACCGGAAAGCACAGACAGCAAGACCCAACCCAAGAGACUUCAUGUGUCCAACAUCCCCUUCAGGUUUAGAGACCCAGACCUCAGGCAAAUGUUUGGCCAAUUUGGUAAAAUCUUAGAUGUGGAAAUCAUCUUCAACGAGCGCGGUUCUAAGGGUUUUGGGUUCGUAACGUUCGAGCAUAGCGUGGACGCCGACAGGGCCAGAGAGAAAUUACACGGCACCGUGGUAGAAGGCCGUAAAAUAGAGGUCAACAAUGCAACAGCCCGAGUAAUGACAAAUAAGAAGACUGUCAACCCAUAUGCAAAUGGCUGGAAGUUAAAUCCAGUGGUCAGCGCUGUCUACAGCCCAGAAUUCUAUGCAGUACCAGGUUUUCCCUACCCAACAGCCAGUGCAGCAGCAUCAUACAGAGGAGCCCACCUAAGAGGUCGAGGACGGACAGUGUACAACACAUUCAGGGCAGCUGCCCCGCUUCCACACAUCCCAGCUUACGGAGGUGUUGUUUACCAGGAUGGAUUUUAUGGUGCAGAUAUUUAUGGUGGUUACGCUGCCUACAGAUAUGCCCAGCCUACUGCUGCCACAGCUGCUGCAUACAGUGACAGUUACGGACGGGUAUAUGCUGCCGACCCCUACAGCCACACACUCACUCCAGCAGCCACAUACAGCGUUGGUGCCAUGAACGCGUUCACCCCGCUGACAGAUGCGAAAACUCGGAGCCAUACGGACGACGUGGGGCUAGUGCUGUCCUCUCUCCAGGCUAGUAUAUACCGGGGAGGCUACAGCCGCUUCGCACCCUAUUAGCGACACCUCCAACCUAUACUCAACCUUCCAACAGGACGGAAAGAAAGUGUGUGUGAGCGCGAGUGUGUGAGUGAAUGAACCCUAACCCUUACAGGGAGAACGAGUUACGGAGGCCUGGGUAAUGCAAUACAUGCAGUUUGUGCAUCAUUUCAGCUUCUCCUAAGUGAGAAGUACAAAAAAAGAAUAAAAUGACAGCUGAUAUUUUUCCUCUUAUACCUCAGAUAUUUUGUGCUGUGUAUUUUGAUAUUGUGGUUUUUUAAUUUCUAAAGAUUUCAACCUAGAUUAUCAGCUGUAGUUCUGUCCAUGGUAGUAUUAUUAGAGAGCUGCUAGAGCGCUGAUUAGGACAAAAAUGACACAUUUAUCAGAUUCAAGUUGUUAGGGCUUGUAUAAAACUCCAACCUUGUAAGAUAGGUCAUAGUCACACAUCGGGUUGUUCUGUUUUGUAAGAGUGUUAUGGUGACUAUGCUAGUCAUGUGUUGUUUUACUUGUGUCAGCUUUCUUUGGCACCUCCUCUGUCAGUUUAGCAAUGCAAUCUUUUGAGGAAGUCAAGGAGCCUUUGAAAACAUGGACAAAGACCAAAAGUUCUCCUCUGAACCUUUGCGAGCAGGGUGGGUCAGCAAAAGAAGCUGAGAACAGCCAUUGUUGCUAUUAUGAAGUCCAUCAUCCUGAGAUCUCCAAAACUAAAAUGUCUUGUUACCAUGAGAACACGUCGUUUACUUGUGGCUGCAACCUUUCUGGCAUUUGCUCAUAGUUAUUUUGCCAAACCAAGAUAAUAAUUCUUUUAAGAGACAAAAUCCCAUGUAGUGUCUCCAUAGUCAUGGAAACUGCAUGUAUUGUAGCCCAAUACCAUUUAAUGCUACAUGAGGAGGUUUGUUUUGUAAUUUACAACAUUGCAUUACAUUGAAAAAGAAAGAACAUUUCCAUGUAAGUUUGACUUUCUAUCUCAUAAUUACAAAAUCCCAUCUCUAACAUAUGUCAAAUAUAAUCAUCAUCCACCAAACGUCAACGUCUGGGCCCAAUCAGAAUAGCAUGUGCAUGAGCUUUACACUGAGAAUAGAUGCUGCAAAUGUAGCUAUGAGCAGUCCGUCUGAUUUGGUGGGAAUUUAGGAUCAGCAGCUGACAGCAAGUAAACUUUGACCCAAGCUGUUUCUAUAGCAGUGCAAUCCAAUGACACCAGUCACAAGUCGUGUUUUGACUGACGCAGCAUCACAGAUAUUUCUCCUUAACAUCUCACCUAACAGAUAUUACACUCAACACCAAAACAUAGCCGUUAACAUGAUAUAAAAACCCUUCAUAAGAGGUACGUUCCACCUGCUUCUCAGUGACUGAUGAGGACAUCACUUCAUGGACCAGGUCCAGCAUUGAGGGAGAGAGCUACAGACUGUAAGUCAUCUCUCAGGGAGACUCCUCACCGUCCAUGUGCAUCCAGUAAAAGAGCUUGUUGUUGCCGCUGACGGUUCACAUAGUUGUUGGACACGUCUGACAACAUUGUGGAGAUAAUUCAACUCUUCCUGUUUGUUAUUAUGUCACGUGACUUGUUGCCAGGAGACAACGGUGGAAACGUGAGUGAGAGUUGUUGUCACAGUUUGUUGUGUCGGAGUACAGAAAGUGUACCUUAUUGUUAUCUCAAAGAUGUCCAUGUCAUGGCUAAAUAUUGAGCUGAUUUCAGAACGAGA